AUGGCUAGAGGACCAAAGAAGCACCUUAAGAGAUUAGCAGCUCCACACCACUGGUUGUUGGACAAAUUGUCUGGUUGUUACGCUCCAAGACCAUCUCAAGGUCCACACAAAUUGCGUGAAUCCUUGCCAUUGAUCGUUUUCUUGAGAAACAGAUUAAAGUAUGCUUUGAACGGUCGUGAAGUUAAGGCUAUCUUGAUGCAACGUCAUGUCAAAGUCGAUGGUAAGGUUAGAACUGAUACUACAUUCCCAGCUGGUUUCAUGGAUGUUAUCUCUUUGGAAGCCACCAACGAGAACUUCAGAUUGGUUUACGACGUCAAGGGUAGAUUUGCUGUCCACCGUAUCACUGAUGAAGAAGCUUCCUACAAAUUGGGUAAAGUUAAGAAAGUUCAAUUGGGUAAGAAAGGUAUUCCAUACAUUGUCACUCACGAUGGUAGAACUAUAAGAUACCCAGACCCAAACAUCAAAAUCAAUGACUCCGUCAAGAUCGAUUUGGCUUCUGGUAAGAUUACCGAUUUCAUCAAAUUCGAUACUGGUAAGCUAGUCUUUGUCACUGGUGGUCGUAACUUGGGUCGUAUCGGUACCAUCAUUCACAAGGAAAGACAUGAUGGUGGUUUCGACUUGGUUCACAUCAAGGACUCUUUGGACAACACUUUCGUCACCAGAUUGAACAACGUUUUCGUCAUUGGUGAACCAGGUAAGCCAUACAUCUCUCUACCAAAGGGUAAGGGUAUUAAGUUGAGUAUUGCUGAAGAACGUGACAGAAGAAGAGCUCAACAAGGUUUAUAA